AUGGGUUCCGCGGCCGCACCAGCAGCUCAGUCGCUAGCGGGAAAAGUGGCGAUCGUGAGCGGUUCAUCCUCUGGCAUUGGAGCCGCUACCGCAAGAGAGCUAUCAAAGCGAGGAGCGAGUGUUGUCAUCAACUACCCUUUUCCGUCAGAGAGGCCAAGAGCAGAAAAGGUAUUGCACGGUCUUCCGGGACAGUCAAAGUCCAUUCUUGUCGAGGCAGAUCUGUCGACUCUGACCGGUCCUCAAGUACUUGCCUCAGCAGCUGCCGCCGAGUUCGGCAGGAUUGAUAUAUUGGUCAACAACGCUGGUAUCAGUGCUCACUCCAUCAUAGACGGGCCAGAUGAUGGCGAGAUCGCGAAGAUCUGGGAUACGGUAGUUAACGUCAAUGGUCGAGGCACAAUGCUCUUGACCAGGGCGACAUUGAAGCACUUGAGCCGCAGACACUCUCGCAUUAUCAACAUUUGCAGCACAACAUCUCGCAAUCCAGAUCCUGAUAUGACUAUAUACGCCGGGUCCAAGGGGAUGAUUGAAAGCUUCACGCGCUGCUGGGCGCGAGACCUUCCGCGCAAGUACGGCUGCACAGUGAAUGCUGUCGCUCCUGGACCUGUCGCCACGGAAGCAAUGCUAGCAGCACCUGCAGACUUUCUACAAAUGGUUGCCAAAAAUAACGAAUCUGUUCCGGUUGCAUCGAGAAUGGCCAAGCCAGAAGAGAUCGCCUGGGCGGUGGCCACGUUAUGUGAGGAGGGUGCAGGCUGGCUGAAUGGGCUUUAUGUGCCCGUGGCGGGCGGUGGAACACUAUCUUGA